CUCCAUAAGCUCUAUUGUAGGCCUACCUAUCGGAAGAAAAUUUAGGCUCAGGAAUCGACACACCAAAACAUAUUUAUCAGUUAGUAUUUUUAAAAGGCGAGGCCCGUCCGCGGUUCUGGAUCAACCCUGGUCCCGGCAGUCAGGAGCCUGCAGUGGUCAGCGUGGCGUGGUGUGAGCUCUGUCACCCACAUCACUUCAACAUGCCGCGGCUGAGCAACACCAAAAGGUCAAAGGGGAGACCCAGCAACAACAAAGCAGAGCGUCAGCGAAACACUGAUGACGUCAUGGAGGGCGGGGUUGGCAGCAAGGUCGAUGACGUCAUGAUGGCCGGCGACAACGACAUGGUGGUCAAGGUGUAUCCAGCCUUCCUGGUGCCCUACACCAAUAAGACUCUGCGGCUGCGCCUGGUGUUCACAGACGCCAAAGUUCGGCAGAUGAUCGGGGAGCACGGCCACCUCAAGCACGACACGGACUCCGAGCCUAUGCAGGAGACCUCACACCUAGUGCGGACUGUCCACUCGCUGCGGAUACAGCUGGGAUACAGGAGAAGCGUUUCAGCUGAGCCUGGAGCCUCCCUGCCCGGACCUGACCCCUGAGGACUUUCCAGACGGGAAUGGCGAGAUUCCCGCCGUUCUGGGCAGCUACAGACGCACGCUGGACACAUCCCCAGAGAGGCAGCUGGAGUUCAGCGUCCGGCUCUUCCACUGGUACAACCAGACCGGACCCUCACAGUGCAACAAUGACCACAGUAGUUGCCUGAAUACGUAGCCCCAACCAAGGAAGUUAUAUACAGUUGUUGUAAGGUCCUUGGCCACAACCCAAGAUAGUGUACAGUAGGUCUAUAACGAUCUUUGCUCCAAAUCCAACUUCACAGUCGAAGAUUGAUACACGACUCUUUGUGCACUUCUAAAUAAUCGAAUACUAAUGAUGAGAAUAAAAAUAAACCUUAAACAAACAG